AUGGCUGCUAAGUCCAAAUUUGUUGACUAUAUUGAUGAAGCUCUGGAAAAAUAAAAAAAAGCUACUCUCUCUCAUUUGUUUUUCACCUAUCAGGGGAUUCCUUACCCGAUCACCAUGUGCACCUCAGAAACUUUCCAAGCCUUGGACACCUUUGAAGCCAGAAGCGAUGACAUAGUGCUAGCAUCUUAUCCAAAGUGUGGUUCAAAUUGGAUUCUACACAUCAUUAGUGAAUUACUAUUUGCUGAUUCUAAAAAAAAGUAUCAACAUCCAGAAUUCCCCGUGCUUGAAUGUGGGGACCCAGAAAAAUAUCAGAGAAUGAAACAGUUUCCAUCGCCAAGGGUUUUCACAACUCACCUCCAUUACGACAAGUUACCUGGAUCUCUCUUCAAGAACAAAGCCAAGGUAUUGGUGAUAUUCCGAAAUCCUAAAGAUACAGCAGUAUCUUUGUACCAUUUCCACAAUGAUGUCCCUGAUAUUCCAAGCUACAGCUCUUGGGAUGAAUUCUUCAGACAGUUCAUGGAAGGACAAGUUUGUUGGGGAAGCUAUUUUGAUUUUGCAAUUAAUUGGAACAAGCAUCUAGAUGAUGAAAAUGUUAAGUUCAUAUUAUAUGAAGACCUGAAAGAGAAUCUGGCUGCUGGAAUAAAACAAACUGCUGAGUUCUUUGGUUUCUCUCUAACUGGGGAGCAGAUUCAAACUAUCUCAGCUCAGAGCACCUUCCAGGCAAUGCGAGCCAAGUCCCAGGAAACUCACGGUGCUGUUGGCCCAUUCCUGUUCCGCAAAGGUGAAGUUGGUGAUUGGAAAAAUUUGUUCAGUGAAACUCAGAACCAGGAAAUGGAUGAAAAAUUCAAAGAGUGCUUAGCAGGCACUUCCCUAGGAGCAAAGCUGAAGUAUGAAUCACAUUGCCAGCCUUGAUUCUGGUCAGUUCAACAGGCCUGCAUAUUUUUUUCCUUAAUAAUAAUUUAAUUUAAACAAUUAAAUAAUAGUUUGAUCAAAUGAUGUUAAUUAACACUUAGAUAUAAAUAAUACAAAUUUAACAAUAAUAACAUAUGAAAUUUUUGAGCACAAACUUAAGUUUGUUCACUUUUUUAAGGAAAGGCCAUUUAGCUGACCUAAAGGGAUACUAUUGUUAAUGUAGUACAGUGGGGCUUUAACUUCUUUCGUGCUCUGGAUUCACAUAAGAUCAUAAGCAGAUCCCAUCAGAGACAUAGCCUAGUCUGUUUGAGCAGAGAUAGUUAGGCUCCAAAUGAUGCACAGCUUCUAUCCUCCCAUAAUAACUCCUGUCUUGCCCACUAUGGAACCAGCACCUGUGGUGGCUCUCAGACUCACUGCUGGG